UUAAUAACAAUAAUCGUUUUGAAUUAAGCUCUUAAAUUGAUUGUAAAUUAUCAGAGAUAACAAUAAAAUUAAGUAAUUUACUAAUUGUUAAUAAAUAAUAAAUAGAAGUGUUGUGUCAAGAAUGUGUUCUAAAAAACAAAAAACUUGUUUACAAAUUGCCACAAAUGUUACACAUCAACAACAUCAUGUGUCACGGGAAAAGCGUGGUCAAGCUUUGGGUCAAGGAUUCCGUGGAUGUUGUGUAUGGCUUACAGGAUUGUCAGGUGCAGGAAAAACUGCAAUCGCUUUCCAACUUGAAGCACAUUUAGUAUCUAAAGGAAUUCCGGCAUAUGGUUUAGAUGGAGAUAAUUUACGUACAGGUCUAAAUAAAAAUUUGGGCUUUUCGGAAGCUGAUCGAGAAGAAAAUAUUCGACGUGUUGCUGAAGUUGCAAAACUAUUUUCGGAUUCUGGUGUUGUCAGUAUUUGUAGUUUUGUAUCACCAUUUGCAGCGGAUCGUGAAGUCGCUCGUUCCAUUCAUAAAGACGCAAGUUUACCAUUCUUCGAAGUAUUUGUAGAUACACCAAUUGAAGUAUGUGAAUCGAGAGACGUAAAAGGAUUAUAUAAAAAAGCACGUCAAGGUUUAAUAAAAGGAUUCACUGGAGUAGAUCAACCAUAUGAAAAACCAGAAAAUCCUGAUUUAGUAUUAAAAACUGUCGAUGUAUCGAUUGAAGAAAAUGUUCAUUUAAUUGUGGAAAUGUUAUUGGAAAAUGGUAUUAUUCCAAUAUCAGCAAAAACGGAAGAUACAAUUCAUGAAUUGUUUGUAAAUGAAAAUCGUGUUGAAGCUGCGCGUGCUGAAGCUGCAUCAUUACCUGGUAUUAAUAUUAAUGAAGUUGAUCUUCAAUGGGUCCAAGUGCUUAGUGAAGGAUGGGCAGCGCCAUUACGUGGAUUUAUGCGUGAAGAUAUUUAUUUACAGACUUUGCAUUUCAAUACAAUCACAUACAACGGAACAACCACAAAUCAAAGCAUUCCAAUAGUAUUAGCAAUUAGCAGUCAAGAUAAGGAACGUUUAGAAGACACUUCCGCCCUAAGUUUAUGGUAUAAAGGGCAACCAGUUGCAAUAUUAUCAAAACCAGAAUUCUAUCAUCAUCGUAAAGAAGAACGAUGUGGCCGUCAAUUUGGAACCUACAAUUCUGGACAUCCAUAUGUGAAGAUGAUUCAAGAUAGUGGAGAUUGGUUAGUUGGUGGUGAGUUAGAAGUAAUAGAACGAAUCCGUUGGAAUGAUGGUUUAGAUCAAUAUCGAUUAACGCCAAAUGAAUUGCGACAAAAGUUUAAACAAAUGAAUGCGGAUGCCAUUUUUGCAUUUCAGUUACGGAAUCCAAUACAUAAUGGUCAUGCGCUUUUAAUGACUGAAACAAAACGUCAAUUAAAAUCUGCAGGCUUUAAAAAACCUGUUUUAUUACUUCAUCCGCUAGGAGGUUAUACCAAAGAAGAUGAUGUUCCACUUCCAGUGAGAAUUGCUCAACAUGAAGCUGUGUUAGAAGAUGGCGUGUUAGAUAAAGAUAGUACAAUUUUAGCAAUAUUCCCGAGUCCAAUGAUGUAUGCCGGUCCAACUGAAGUGCAAUGGCAUGCCAAAGCACGAAUGAUUGCUGGCGCAAACUUUUAUAUUGUUGGUAGGGAUCCAGCUGGUAUGCCACACCCAUUAGGAAAAUCUUCAGGAGGUACAGUUGAUGGUAACUUAUAUGAUGCUACACAUGGAGGUCGUGUAUUAAAACAAGCUCCUGGUCUCGAAAAUUUACAAAUCAUUCCAUUUAAAGUAGCUGCAUAUGAUUUAAAAAAUAAACGAAUGGCGUUUUACGAACCAGAAAGACAUAACAAUUUCGAUUUUAUUUCCGGUACUAGAAUGCGUGGUUUGGCUCGAUCUGGUGAAAUGCCACCCGAUGGUUUUAUGGCACCAAAAGCUUGGAAUAUUCUUUCAAGCUAUUAUCAAUCGUUAAUUAAAAAAUAAAUGAAAUAAAGCACUUAACAUGUGCUGCUUGUUCUUAUCGUAAUAAUUUCUUCAAUUUUAGAAAUAAUAGAGGAUGGGACAAAGGAAUUUGAAGAUUUUUUAAAUUAAACUCAAAAUUUCAUUAACUUCCGAGUACAGGGGAAAUUAUAGUAAUGGGUCCAAAAAUUCCAACAUUUCAUGGUUAUGGCAUUGUACUAACACUCGAAAAGGUUGGCAAAAGCGACGUAUAGAAACUGGGAAAUUAAGGACGAAAAUAAACACUAAGCUUGUUUUAUAUUUUCAAAAUUUUUCGAAUUCAAUAUAAAAUGGAACUUUUGAUAAUUAGCAAACUGAAAGGGUAUCAGUUUUACUGAAAUUUACUGUUAUCAUUUUUUCUGUACGUCUAAAAUAUGGACGAUUUUUAAGGUUUUACUUGUAAUAAUUUAGAAGUUAAUAAUGAUAUUCUGAUUUCUGUGGAUACGAUUUUGAGUUUUGUAAACAUGAUUUUGGGUUGUCUGACUUUUACACGCUAAGUCCAAAAAAUAUAACAUUUCACUGGACUAUAGUAGGGUUUUCCGAUUUAAAAUUGAUAAUUUCCACUGUCUCGUCCUAAAUAAGCAAAUAAUUAUUAUUAUUUAAUUGUUAUUUUUUAAGUAACAAGCAGCGAUAUAAUUUUUUAUCCAUUAUUUUCACGUAAUUUGUACAAAUGUUGUAGUUUUUAUAUAGCCUUUUGACUUUAUUAUUAUUUUUUUAAAUAUGGUGCUUCGUAUUACAUAA